UAUCCACGUGAUUUCAUUUCUUUCUCCUCUUUGUUGAACACUUUCCACUUCCUCUCUCCUCUCUCUCUCUCUCUCUCUAGAACAACAACGCAACUUCAUCGGAGGGAGAUUUUCGAUUAAUGUCAGGGAAAAAGAGGAGGAAGUUGAAAUUGUUGAGUGAUACGAUUGCGAACAGCAAAAGAGGAGCAACAGAGGUGAAAAAUGAUAAUUUGCAGUUGCAAUCAUGGUCUGAUCUUCCUGCGGAACUCUUAGAAAUAAUCAUGUGUAGUUUAGCUCUAGAUGAUAAUGUUCGUGCGUCUGUGGUUUGUAAGAGUUGGAAUUCUGUUGCCAAUGCUGUACGUGUGGUUAACCAAUCGCCGUGGUUGAUGUAUUUUCCGAAAUUUGGUCAGUGGUAUGAAUUCUAUGAUCCUGUGCAGCGGAUGACCUAUUCUCUGGAGUUUCCAGAGCUGAAUGGAUCGAGAGUUUGUUAUACAAAAGAUGGUUGGUUACUGCUAUACCGGCCAAGAACUGACCGAGUGUUUUUCUUUAAUCCCUUUACUCGGGAGGUUAUCAAAAUGCCUAGAUUUGAGAUGACGUACCAGAUAGUUGCUUUCUCAAGUGCUCCAACAUCGCCUGAUUGCGUGCUGUUCACUGUUAAGCAUGUUAGUCCUACUGUUGUGGCCAUCAGCACAUGUCACCCUGGGGCAACUGAGUGGACUACUGUUAAUUACCAAAACCGCUUGCCCUUUGUCAGUAGCAUAUGGAAUAAGCUUGUGUUUUGUAAUGGACUGUUUUAUUGCCUGAGUCUAACAGGUUGGCUAGGGGUAUUUGAUCCAUCUGAACGGACUUGGAGUGUUCUAUCAGUACCCCCACCCAAAUGCCCAGAGAAUUUUUUCGCCAAAAAUUGGUGGAAAGGGAAAUUUAUGACCGAGCAAGAAGGAGAUGUUAUAGUAAUUUAUACAUGUUCUAGUGAAAACCCUAUUAUUUUCAAGUUAGAUCAGACAUUAAUGGAAUGGGAAGAGCUAAAAACACUAGAUGGAGCAACUCUUUUUGCUAGUUUCUUGUCUUCUCAUUCAAGGACUGACCUCUCUGGAAUAAUGAGGAACAGUAUCUACUUUUCUAAAGUUCGUUUUUAUGGAAAGCGUUGUGUAUCAUUCUCUCUUGAUGACUAUCGAUAUUAUCCUCGUAAGCAGUGGCAUGACUGGGGUGAACAAGACCCUUUUGAAAGCAUAUGGAUUGAACCACCAAAGGACUUCUCUGGAUUCACGUGAAGAAUUUUAGUGAAACAAUAAUGUGUAGAGGGAGUUGAAAAUGUUGGAAUGCAGCAUUUUCAUACAGCUGGUUGUCUUAGUGCACUAAUGCAAUUCUUAAUCCAAGGCAUGCAAAUUUUCCAUGCUGCAGUGUCUGAGUUCCUUGACAUUUUGAGGUGUAGCAGACUAGCAGUGCUUUACUAGAGCUCAUUUGAAGCGUGCCAAAGGCAACAUUAUUACAGGCUGUACAGAGGAGGCGAUUGAAGACUCAGCCCCUCGCCCCUUUUGAUUAUCCUGACACUGCUUAUAUAAAAGUUUCAUGAUUGUAUGUGUGUUGCGAGGCACAAUGAUGUAGUACUUGUAUGCAAUACAACUGAAGAUCAUACAAUGAGUAUUGAUUACUUACUGUCUUGUUGAAAUUUAUUUUGGACAUAUGAUCUGUAGAUUUUGUUUAGUUGGAUUUACUCCUAAUUCAAUUUUCGUUGUCUAUAA